CCACCGGAUUAAAGGGGAGUCAAAUCGGGGUGUAGAUGGAAAAUGGCGGACAUCGAUCAUUGGAUAGAAGUCGCUAAACAAUGCAAAUAUUUGCCAGAAAAUGACUUAAAGAAACUUUGUGACAUGGUAUGUGAACUUCUACUUGAAGAAUCUAAUGUGCAACCAGUCCAGUCACCUGUCACAGUUUGUGGUGACAUCCAUGGCCAGUUUUAUGAUUUAAUGGAACUGUUCAGGACUGGGGGAGAGAUGCCAGACACAAACUAUGUUUUUAUGGGUGAUUUUGUAGAUAGGGGUUAUUUCAGUUUAGAAACUUUCACACUUUUACUCACACUGAAGGCCAAAUGGCCAGAUAAGAUUGUGUUGUUGCGUGGUAACCAUGAAAGCAGGCAAAUCACACAGAUUUAUGGGUUUUAUGAUGAAUGCCAGUCUAAAUAUGGGAAUGCCAAUGCUUGGAGAUACUGUUGUCGUGUUUUUGAUUUGCUGACCAUAGCUGCUAUCAUUGAUGAGGUUAUACUCUGUGUACACGGUGGUCUCUCUCCUGACAUAAAAACUAUUGACCAGAUCAGAACGAUUGAAAGAAAUCAAGAAAUCCCUCACAAAGGAGCAUUCUGUGAUUUAGUUUGGUCUGACCCUGAAGAUGUGGAUUCCUGGGCUAUGAGCCCUCGGGGAGCUGGGUGGCUUUUUGGUGCUAAAGUCACAAAUGAGUUUGUCACACUGAAUGGUUUAAAGUUGAUAUGCCGUGCUCAUCAGCUGGUUAAUGAAGGUUACAAAUUUAUGUUUGAUGAAAAGCUUGUCACAGUGUGGUCUGCACCCAACUACUGCUACAGGUGUGGCAACAUUGCCGCCGUGCUGUCCUUCACAGACUCAGAACACAGGGAGGCCAAACUCUUCCGCGCUGUGCCAGACAGCGAGCGCGUCAUCCCUCCCAGAAACCAAACACCCUACUUCUUAUAACAUUGUUUUUAUAUUUUUUUUUUAAAUUAGAUUUAAAAUUGUUGAUGAAAAUAUUGCACAUUAUUUUUUAGCAACAUGAGAGAUGGUUUGAAAAUAUUCAUUAAUGCAAUAUGAUCAAUAUUUUAAAAUGUUAAAAUACUAAAGGUUUAAAAAAAAAUGUAUGAAAUGGCAUUUCAUUAAGUUGUAAAAAUGUCAUUUAGCAUUAAUUUAACAGUUUGGGAGAAAAUGUAAUGAUCAAAUGUUUCUGAAUGGUAUACACUUACGUCUGUGUAUUUAAUUUUACUAGACAUUUUUAUUUUUAAAAAGUUAAAUAAGACAAAUUAAAUACUAAAUAAUUUUUUUAGACAUUUUUAAAGGCCAAGCAUUAAUUUAUCACUGUGAACUAUAGUUUAUCAAUUGCCUGUCAUAUUUUUAUAGUACACUUCAUGCAAGGUGGUGUACUUGACUGUACUUAACCUUUCUUGCACUGUGUAAUGGAAUAAGAUUAGUUGACAUGUAGUUCUCAGCAGUCAGUAUUUUUAAACAGCUGGUGUACAUUAAGACACAGGUCAUGUUUCUUAUGUGUGUGUAAAUAACUGACAGGUCAACCUAUGGUUAAAGAUUUGUUGGAUAAAUUAAACACAUUGAACUGCUACAUAUUAUGUAAUAUAUUUUACAGUUUGUAAUCAUUUUUAAAGUUGUGAAUGAGUGAGUGUGUUGACAACCAACAAAGGUUUUUAUCAGUACUUUGUACUGAUUGGUUUAUCAGUACUUGUGCUGAUUAGUUUAUCAGUACUUUGUGCUGAUUAUAUUUCUUUGUAACUUGUUGAAGCAUAAAAAAUACCAAAUUUUUUUGUAAAUGUUCAUCAAUGAGAAAAACAAAAUUUCCAAACAUG